UGCGGUUUGAUUGAACUGAAUGGUUCAUUAAGCAGUUUUCUUACUGUUCAUUCAGACCUAAAUCACAGUGGUUCCAUUUGUCUUUAUCAGAUAUCACAACAUACUCUGCUAAGGUCUAAGGAAUUUGAACCUGCAUUGACUCUGGAAAGGAAAGAAUGAGUCAUAAGGUAAGCAAGACUCAAAGUUACAUCAGCACUCCUGAUAGCAAAAAAACCGGUUGUGUGGGCUGCAGAGCUUCUGCACCUCAACUCCUCCCCACAGAUCAAGAGAGUGACAGAGAUUGCCCAUUAACUGGCAGGCGAUCAUUUCACUGGGUGCCUUUGUUAAAAGCACUCUGAGACGCAAGUCCAUGCAGUGCUGCUGACCGGUAUUGACCUGGAGGAUAAGUCCUGUUUAUGUGUAGGAUUACAAAGUGUAGGUGUUACGAGAAUCUAUUGAGCGAAUAUACUCAUGGAUUGCCCGGACCAAUCCCUUGGACAAUUUACAGACUUCAAGAAGGGUGACUUUGAGGCUAAUUGGAAUAAGCUAGCAGAAUCUAAAUUUGGUCAUGUGUACCAAGUCAAGCUCAAGCUUUUGAGGGAACAAUACGCGAUGAAAACCUUUGAUACAAUCUUAUGUACCAACAACUACAGGAAAAUAAUAGAUGAAGUGUCCAAGAUUGCAAAACUCAAAUGCAAAUACAUUAUUUCCGUCCAUGGAAUAUGCAGUGAAGCAUCUGCUGUUGUGAUGGAGCACAUGAGUAAUGGAUCUUUAAACAGUCUCCUGGCCAGUAUGUCUUUUAUGUGGCCAAAGAAGUUUCAGAUGAUUCAAGAGACUGCCAUGGGAAUGAACUUCCUUCACAGCAUGAAACCUCCCCUUCUUCAUCUAAACCUAAAGACAUCCAACAUCCUUCUUGAUGACCAUCUUCAUGUCAAGAUUGCAGACUUUGGUUUAAUCCAUUGGGAUGAAGGCAUGGACAAGAAUGAAUUUAUGGAGUACCUCAUAGCAAGAGGAAACAUACGCUACAUUCCACCAGAGAUAUUUACAAAUUGCCCUGGACCUCCAGGACCUGCCUUUGAUGUUUACAGCUUUGGAAUUGUGAUGUGGGAGAUUUUAUCACAGAAGAAACCAUAUCCAGGGUGCAGUGUGCCAGCAGUCAUCCUGCAGGUGUCACAGGGCAAGAGACCCUGUUUGGAGUUUUUGCCAGCUCCAAGACCAAGCGACUGCGAUCAGAUGAUCAGCGUUAUGAAACAGUGCUGGAACCAGGACCACAGCAAGAGACCACAGUUUGUAGAUACUGUGAGGAAAACUGAGCGUUUGAAUGAAGGCUGGAAGAUCUCUGGUCCGAUGGACUGUCAAAACAAUGGGGACGCCAAGCAGGAAUCCUAUUAUUCAUGGCUGAUCUCCCCAGAGCACCAAAAUUAUUUUGCUGAGAAGCUGACGUUUUCUUCAGAUGACCAGAAUGUCGAGGAUAGCGUCCUGUCUUUACUAACGAAAAAGGACUUUGGUAGUUUUAGGCAAUCUGUGAAACGAGAGGAUGUUUGUAUGCAGUUUUCGGGCCAGAAAAGCCUCCUUCACUACACUGUAGCCAGCGGUGAUUUAGAAAGUGUCAAGCAUGUCCUGAGUCUGGGAGCUGAGGUCAACUCUGCAACUGCAAAGGGAUACACGCCUCUUAUUAUUGCUGUUCUGCAAAGAUUUCAUGACAUCAUCCCUUUGUUACUGGAACACGGAGCCUCUGUAACCCAUGGAGAUGAAGAUCAAUGGACAGCACUCCAUUUUGCUGCUCAAAAUGGAGAUGAUAGGAUUGCCAGGAUUCUAUUGGACAAAGGAGCUUCGCCAAAUGGUCGGGAAAAAUCCGGUUGGAUGCCACUUCAUCUGGCCUCCCAGAAUGGCCACGAAUCUGUGGUGCGCCUGCUGAUUUCACGUUCCUCAGAAGAAGAUGUUGUAGAACGGGAGGAGGAACAUGGCAGGACUCCAAUCCAUUUAGCCUCUUUCUAUGGGCAUCUGAAUAUUGUCAAACUCCUUCUUACUCUUAAAGCAGAUCCCAAUGGCACUGACUUAGCCCUUUCCACUCCACUUCACUUGUCAGCUGAGCGAGGCCAGAACCGCGUAGUCAGACAUCUACUUAAGUUUGGGGCUAAUACCAACGCCACAGACAAGAAAGGAUGUACACCUCUUCACCUGGCCGCUCUGUGGGGUCAUGCAGGCAUUUGCAGACAGCUGCUGUUAAAUGGAGCCAACCCAGAGUCCAAGAACCUCCAGGGCUGGACUCCUAUUCACCUAGCUGCUUUAAAAGGACAUGAAGCCGUGGUGGUCCAGUUGAGUCAGGGUGGUUGUGUGAAUUCAAGGGGUCAGAAUGGAUGGACCCCGUUACACUUAGCCUGCCACCAGAACCAGCCGGACGUGGUGGAAAAACUUCUGGCAGCUGAAGCCAACCCAAACACAGCAGAGGACAGCAAUGGAUGGACACCCCUUCACAUAGCCUGCAUUGGAGUCUGCUUCCCCUGUGUCCUCAAACUGCUGUCAUAUCAAGCAGAUGUCAACGCAGUAAAUUCAGAAAAAGUAACACCCUUACACCUGGCUGCAAAGCAAGGUUGUGAAGCCAUUGUGAAGGCUCUGCUGAUGAAUGGAGCUGAUGGAACGAUGCUAGACUCUUCAGGCUCCACAGCUCUGGAUGUUGCCCAGAGAAGUGAAAAACGGGAAAUUGGGCACCUGUUGAAGAGGGGAUCCUCCGAAUACCAAUGCUGAAGAAAGACACUGUUAAAUUAUACUAAAACGAAGUGAAAUAGUGGUUUUAAGAUGUGUUUUUGUUAGGCUGCCCCAGGCAGGAAAUUAUCUCCUGAUGAAAUGUGGUUUCAUUCUAUAAAUUAGUUAUCUUCAUGCAAAAAAGCAAAAUACCCAAAUCUCUAUAAAUUUACGAGACUAGGAUUUGGUCAAAAAGCAUGGGAGCAAAUACAAAUAAAGAAAUAACAAACAAAUCAUUUCCUUUCAAUUCUAGAGUUAAUUUGUUGGUUUUUGUAACUGCUGAAACUAAUACAACUUUAAAUAAAAAGUACAGAAAAGUGCUGUUGUCAUAAGUGCUCAUUACAUAUCUGAACAUUUCAUAGCAAAUAAUCCGGCUAAAUCCCAUGCGACUGACAAGGCAAUGAAGUUUUUAGGUGAAAUUCUCCAGCUAUAGAUGAUGCAUAGAUUAUAUGCUUAACGAAAAGCCAAGAUAAUUAUCUGUCAGUCUUGAAAACUGAAGGAAAUGUAGUUGUGCUACACUCAUUUACCACUCUGACAUCUUAUUAAAAUGAAAUAAAAUGCAGGGAUUGAGGUGAGAUAUUGACCUACACUUCCACCGGAUUUUCCCUCAACCACUGGAGACUGACUCUGAAAGAGAGGUCUGAGUUAAGUCCAAUCAAAUUAGAGUAAAUGAACAGUGCACAGUUAAAAUUGGAUUGAGAUUGGGCUUCAUUUUUUUUUGUAUUGCUCAAAAGAAUAGGGUUUUUAAGUGGUAUUUUAAUUAUCCCCUCCAGGACCUAAGAUAAUUGAUGUUCUGUUACUGUUUUCAUUUGCCUUUCAGGCUUUUCUCUUUCUUUUUUCUGCCCACCUAAACACAGUUUUAACCAAAUUACUCUAUGUAUGUCGGCACAAAAAUACAUUUCAAGUCAAUUUCAAUAAAAAUCAUCAAUGGGACAAACAAAUGAUGUAAUAGUUGUUUCUACACAUGAAUUCAUACACCAGCAAAGUCUGUCAAUAGAUGACUUCUAUGCUUCUUCAAGCAAAAUGUUCCCCAUGGGUUUAUAGUUUGACUAGACAUUUUUUUAAGUUUGUAGGGAUAUUUUUUUUUACUUAUUUUCAAUCUUUUGCAGGGCAGUUAAACACUGAUUUCCAGGUGUUGUGUAACUAGUUAUUUUCAGGCAAAUUUCAGAGGUUCCUUGAAUGAGUCAUGGGGCCAGUCUAAAGCAUUUUCCUUUCCCAAAUUCCUCUCUUUCCCUCAUGUCAAUAGAUAGGAAACAAGAGAAAUUCAGAUGGAAAUAAAAAAAAGAGAUUUGUACAUUUGCAGGGUUUGACACAACUGUUUCUAUAGUAAUGUAAAAUGCAUCACAGCAAAAGAUGUGAUGCAACUCCACCUAGGUUGUACUGUAUAAUCUACAUGGACCA